AUGUAAACAUCUAACUCAAAUAAUUCUACCAACUAAAUUUACCUAUAACCUUAAUAGAUGACUUAUUAGAAUAAUAAUGAUGCUUAGGAGGAUGAUAACUUAUCUUUAAGUAGACAUCAAAUUAAUCUAUUUUAUAAGUAAGAUAAUUAAAUAAAUGAAAUAACAUCUUCAUAAUAAAAUAGCCUAUAUAAUACAGAUAUUGUUAAUUUUUCCAAAUAAAUCUAAAUAUUUGUAUAAAUGCCAAAUGGAAGAACUCUAACUUGUGAUGUUAAUAAAAAUGAGGAAUGUUUACAAUAAAUUGUAGAUUUAAUUUAAAAAAGAGAAGGUAUACCUCCUAAUAGCUAUAGAUUAUAUUCGGGUUUUAAAUAUUUAAAUAAGAUUAGUAAUAAAAGUAUAAAGAAAUAUUAAACUUUGCAUCUUAAUAUAAAAUGUAGUAAUUUAAAUAAUCUUAUUGUAAUAUACAAUAACUAACGAUACAAUAUAUUUGUCAAUCUUGAUGGUUUUGUUAUUGAAAUUAAAAAUUAAUUGUAAAAAAAAUUCGAUUUUCCAACAAAAUCUUAAGUAUUAUAUUUUAAGGAUAUUUAAAUAGAAGAUAAUUUUAAAUUAUCCUAUUAUCAAAUUUAAAAACAUUCUACUGUUGAAUUACAAUUAUAAAAUCUUAUUUAUAUCAAUUAAGAAUCAUAAAAUAGAUUAUUUAUGAAUUAUUUAGAUAUAUUUUAGACUAUUAAAUAUUUAAAAACAUAAUUGAAUUAAUAAUAUCCUGAUUUAGGUUAUUUUCAUCUAUUACAUAAUAAUGUAAUUUUACAAGAUAAAGAUUUACUAAAAUCUUAUAAUAUUAAACAUUUAUCAAUACUAAAAUUAGUUGAAAUUAACUACAUAAAAUUUUAAAUACAAACUUAAACUAUAACAUUUCAAAUCAAAAAAAAAUAUGAUUAAACUAUAUAUGAUUUAAAAGAGGAAAUAGAAUAAAAGUAUUAAUAUUCAAUCGAUACAUAACAAUUAUUUUAUGAAGGUGAAGAACUAGAAAAUUAAGAAAAAAUUUUUGAAUGUAAUAUUUAGGAAAACAGUAGGUUAUAUUUAUUCAAUAACUUAAAACUAAUAGUCAAUUGUAUUAAUUUUAAUAUCUUCCCAAUAAUAAUAAAUCCAAACAAUAAGGUUUAUAAACUUAAAUAGAAAAUAAAUAAAUUAAAUUCUUAAAUGUUAUCAGAUUAUUUUAUUUUAAAAUACAAUGGAAAAAUAUUAAAUGAUGAUGAAUAUUUAUAAUAUUACAAUAUUAAGAAUUUUGAUUAUAUUUUUAUGGAAUUUGAGAUAUGA